CCGUUUGGAUACACUUCGCUCAGUUUCAUUUUCUAGUGAACACCUACUUCUGUCCUACAGUCAUGGCAUUCAAGUUUGUAGCCUUCCUCGCCCUGGUGGCCGUUGCCCGUGCCGGAGUCAUCUCGGGCCCAGCUCUGUCCUACGCUGCCGCUCCAGCACUGUCCUACGCCGCUCCAGUGGCCAAGACCAUCUCCUAUGCCGCCCCAGCUCAAUUGGCUUACGCCGCUCCAGUGGCCAAGACCGUUGUUGCCGAUGAGUACGACCCGAACCCACAGUACUCCUUCAGCUAUGGAAUCUCCGAUGCCCUGACCGGUGACCAGAAGUCCCAGCAGGAGUCCCGCAACGGAGAUGUCGUCCAGGGAUCCUACUCUCUAGUUGAUGCUGAUGGUUACAAGCGCACUGUUGACUACACUGCUGAUCCGAUCCACGGAUUCAACGCUGCUGUCCGUCGUGAACCACUUAGCCAAAUUGCCACCAAGGCCGUUAUUGCUCAGCCAGCCUAUGCCACCUAUGCUGCCCCAGUAGCCAAGACCAUCUCCUAUGCCGCCCCAUUGGCCACCAAGACCAUCGUCUCGCAGCCAGCCUAUGCCAGCUACUCGGCUCCUCUGGCCGCCAAGACCAUCGUGUCCCAUCAGCCAGCCUACGCCACCAGCUACGCUGCCCCAGCUCUGUAUCACCAUUGAACGACUGAAACUGUUA